UUUUAAUUUAAUUGUUAUUAUUAUAGCUUUUUUGCUUCUAAGAUGGAGAACGGAAAAUAUGCUUUAUGUAAUCGUGUGUGAAACUCACAGCCGUCUGGGUAGAUCGUCUGAGAAGGGGAUGAGAUUUCAGUCGUAAUUCACAGGAUCCUCUGAAUUUUUCGCAAGGAAUUGGAAUGAGAUCUGGCUAAUUUUUCGCAGACAAUCCAGUCUUGUUUAUUAAUUAUUCCCAGUAAUUGCGUUACUGUCGAACAGCUCGUUUAACUGAAUACUCGAGAUGGCUGCGAUCGCCAGUUCUCUGAUCCGACAAAAACGCCAGGCGCGGGAAUCCAACAGCGAUCGGGUAUCUGCCUCCAAACGCCGCCCCAGUCCCAGCAAAGACCCCCGCUCUCUCUGCGAGCGACAUUUCCUGGGGGUCUUCAGUAAAGUCCGCUUCUGCAGCGGCAAGAAAAGACCUGUUCGCCGGCGACCAGAUGCACCCUCGAAACCUCCACAGGUGUCCCGUAAGGGCGUCAGGCUAGAGCCGCAGCUGAAAGGCAUUGUGACACGACUGUUCAGCCAGCAGGGUUUUUACCUGCAGAUGCAGCCAGAUGGAACCAUCGAUGGCAUCAAGGAUGAGAACAGCGACUACAGUGAGUGAUUGGAACUGCAAAUGUGCAUGCAAAGCAGAGUUAAUUGUACCACACUAAUUGCAUAUAGGGGAGAACGGGGCUUGGUGUCACACUUUUUAUC